AUGCAACCCCUAAAUCCAUUCCUCGCCGCCUUCUUCCGAAGCUCCCUGCCGUCGCAGUGCACACCGGUCCAUCACCACAUCCUCCUGGUCCCGACCACCGAUGUCCUCCUCACCCACCGCGAGACCGAGAGCGGCUCGACCUUCAACGAGGUCAUCACCUCGGAGGAGUUCCUAGCUAGCCACGUCUUGCGAAUACCGGCGUCCAACACCGCCGCCGCCGCCGGAGGGAAGGAGGCUGCGCAGAACCUGCGAGAGCUGAGGGGCAAGGCGAAGCAGUAUCAAACGAUCAACGGGCGCACAGUCGUCAUCAAAGACACCCAUGUUUACAGUAAUAAGGGCUUCAAAUCUUUGGCGCAAGCGCAGCUUCUCAACGAUGCGACGUGGUAUCCCGACCUGCUCGAGCCACGCCAAUGGCUGAUUUACUACAUCACCCGCCCUCUUGUUGGGGUCUGGGAAGAGACCAAGAUUAUCCCGGCCGUAAUGGUGGAAGGAAUCGCGAGAAGACAGGCCCUCGAGCAAAGCCGAUCGGCCGCCAUGGAAGGGGAUGCUGCGAUGCUGCCGCGCAAAAAGGACGUCAAGAACUUUCACGACCUCCUAAAUCACUUCCCGAUUAUCGCGCGACAAAUGCAGCCCGGUCUGGAGAAGCUGUUUCGGGAGUUUACGACUGUUUUCGAGCGACCACUACCCCCGCCCCCCUCGGCGAUGCGCAUACCCGAUCCCGAGCCCGAGGGGCCGAUCGCGACGGCAAUGAAGCAGGCGCGCUCCAACAGCACGUCUGCAGUCAAAAGACCAAACAACCUAUCCAACGGCCUAGCGGUGACGGAGAACUUCUACGCCGAAGAUGACGAAGAUGUUAUGCGAGCUUCUCUCGAGACCGCGGUGAUGGCGGCCAUCGAUAUCUUCCAGGCUGUAGAUAAGCAGCAGCUUUCGAUGCUCGGCGCUACGACAGACCUCACCGGGCCGGUCGUUGAGAGACUGAUAGAGCGAUACGUCACCGAGAACGUUCACCAUCUGCUUUUCCCCCGUCUCAGCGCCAUCAAACGCCCUUACGAUCUCGAAUUGGAGGCGAAGAUACGUCAGAUGGAGUUCAUCGACUUGUCACAGCUCGGUAUAGUAAUCGAGGGUGGCUCUCGAGGAAAACAUGACCUGACAAUACAACUUGGUCUUGCCGUCGAGGAGUUCAAGAAGAUGACUCUGGCAUUGAGCCCGCAAGAGAUGCUGGACCUCUUGUUGUCAACGAUGAAGACGGUUACCCACUUGACCAACACAUCUCGAGCUCAAGCAGCUUCAUCGGUAGAAAAGCCCACUCUUACCGUCAACGCCGAUACCCUCGUGUCCCUACUACUAUUCGUGGUCAUCCGAGCGCAGGUCAGGCACCUUCAUGCGCGUCUGAUUUACAUCCGCCAUUUCAUCUACGUUGAUGAUGUUGACAAUGGCGAAAUGGGCUACGCCCUAAGCACCUUCGAAGCAGUGUUGGCUUAUCUCGCUCUCGACUCGUCAGGCCUGAGGAGAGCAAGUAAGCGAAACAAGACUUUGUGGGAUGCAACCUGCAAUGGUACUCUGGACCAGGUGAAGAAGAUCAUGGAGCCGGACUCGAAUGCGGUGAUCGACGAUGUCUACGACUCGCCAGUGUCGAGUCGGCGGCCAUCAGGCACGUGGAGCUACACUAAUGGCUCUGCUUCACGACGAUCAUCGACGGCCGUCACCAUUUCCGAUCGCUUCUCAUCCGGGUCUGGCUUGAGUCACGUAUUUCCCUUUCAAGUGGAAGACGCCGAUAGCGAGCUUGAUUUCCCACUACCACCUCCCCCGCGAAAGAUCAAGCGGGUUGCUAUGGACACCAGGAGCAUGUCGAGCGGUUCCGAAAUAUCGUACCACUCGAGGGCUACUAGCAAUGGGACCGUCGGCAGCGUACUAGAAGGCGACAUCUCGGUUGACCGGUUGUCGCAGACACACAACGCCUUCGGCGAGUCACUCCUGAUGAUGGCUGUGCAGAAUGAGAGACCUGAUGUUCUCAGGUAUCUCUUGAAAUUCGACGAAUACUACCCAACCGCUGUGAUCCUCGACGACAUCAACAACGAGGACACAACAUUACUGAGCGCCGCAGUGCAGUUGGGCCACACCGAGUUGAUAAAUAUUGUACUCUCUUUCGUCAUGUCCGUGGCAUCGGAAGAGCGCCUGAAAGCCUACCUCGCCCAGCAAGAUAUUUGGGGGCGCAGCUGUGCGCAUUACCUGUUCCAUGCGCCGUUCCUGAUAUCUCGAAUUGGGAAAUUAGUCCCCUGGCGGCAAAAAGACAAAAACGGACAGACGCCACUUUUUGCGCUGUGUCGCUCGUAUGACCAUGUGCACUACCACGAAAUGGUGGAUGCCGGCCUUGAUGCGGCCACGGAAGCGCAGGGUGACGGGCUCCCGCUCCACAUCGAUGACCAUGUGGACGGCAAGGGGAACACGCUGCUUCAUAUUGUGAACGACCCUCAGCUCGCUGCCAGGAUUCUUCAACAGUGCGACGUGGACGUCAAUGCAACCAACGAGAAGAGGUUCACGCCUCUGAUGGUAGCCAGCAAAUAUGGCAGAUUGGACAUGGUCAGAACGCUUUACGUGGACGCACGAGUUGACGUCGCGGCCCGAGAGCUACGAAGCCUGACGGCCGUGGAACUGGCCAAAGAUGAUGACAUCCGAAAUAAGAUUGACGACUUGGCAUUGUUUAGCAUGCCCCCUGCGGCGGAUGCCCGUAUCACCGGUGUCGUAAGAGCCUUUUUCGUUGAAGAUGCGACCAUUCGCUUGGUCUUGAAAUCGGCCGCCCCCGCCGACCACAUGAGCUACACUGUUACAACGAGCCGCCGCAACCUGUCCGAUUUCGAGAUCCUCGGCAAUCUGCUUGCGCUGGAGAAUCCGGCAUCGUGGAUUCCCGCGGUCGCCGGAGUACGCUCGCCAUUCCAGAUCCCGUCGAAGCCAUCGAGAGCCGUUCUGCGGGACAUCCAGACUAGGACGGACUGGUUCCUCAAGAUCAUGCUCCAGCACCCGACGUUUGCGACACACGAGAUGCUCUGGGAGUUCUUCCUCGUCCCUGACAUCCAGCUCGGAAUGAUGGAGCAGAGGAGCAACCUCAAGGCGGAGACGCGGGCGGAGAAGGUGCGGGAGGAGUACGAGCCUGUGAAGGAUGUGCGAGAGGUUGAGCAGUUCGUCGACCACGCGAGAGAGAUGGUUCGGAGCGUCAACUAUUCCACCAAGAGCGUUGCCAGGAGGGUCAACGCGAUUGGCAUCGUCGCAUCAGAUCUACACGACGCGGCAGCUCUAUUGCACCGGGCGGUAUUGACGCUCCCAUUCCUCCCACCCGCAUACAUGACGGCACUGGAAUCGUACGUCCGCACCAUCACUCCGAUGCAGUCGAACCCUUACGCCAUCUUCCACUCCACCUUCCUCGCGUCGCAAUCCACCAUCCAAGGGCUGUUGUCAGCACUUGCGCGACCACCGGGGUUGAUCUCACAAAUUUCGUCGGCGCGCAAGGCAGUGGAGAGGAACUACAACUCGCUCAACAGAUCGACGCGGUGGCCGCUCGGUCUCUUGGACGAUACGCGACAACGUCUCAACGAGGAGCGGGAGGAGAAGGCGCGUCAGUCACAGGAACAAGUCGACGACCUUGGUCGAGAACUCCGGUACCACCAGCAAGUGGUGGCCGGGGAACUCGCCGGGUGGCAGGAUCUGCACGAGAAGAUGGGGCGACGGGCGAUCAAGGAAUUCGCCAAGGGCAUGGUGAUCCAAGAACGGCUCCGGCUGGACGGGAUGAUGAGGGCUCUGCGACGGCUCAGGGAAGGCAAGGCGGAACUCGAGACGGUAGCGCAGGGUGUUUCAGGGCGGUCGAGUAUGAGUCAAUCGAUGCACGACGGCGGGACGACGAUGGAUGCGGGCGAGGGAAGCAGCAGCAGCAGCAGCAGCAACAGCAACAGCACCACAAGCAACGGUACCGGUAGCAGCGGAGGCGUCGGCGGCGCGGGCAACGGACUGGUGGCGAAUGCAGCUGGACUUUAG